CUGUGACGUAUAUAUUGACUUGAGAGCCGUACCGCAUGAAAAGUUGGCAGUAGUUGGCAACCUGUGACAAAUGCUUUUAAGGCGAAAAACACACUUCACCUAAUUGCAAAUAAGUGCUUUGAGCUUAAAGUUUCAUUAACGGAAACCUGGUAAAAAAAAAACAAAAAAAAAAACGUUGCGGCUACCAAUGGCCGCUAGCUGUGUUGUCUAAUGCUGUAAAUAACGCAGUAUUAGUGUACAGUACUAUUGUAUGGGUUCACAAAAGUGAAUGUAAUCAUCUGUGAAACUUAGCGUCAGUGUCUAUUUGUACAUUAUCGGUGUUAAUGUUGCAAAUGUGUGCUAGCUAGCUACCUAAGCUAAGGCGUCAUUAGCUUUAGCCAAACUAGCACGGCUCGGGUCAGCUGACAAGUCUUGACUGUAAACAGCAGAGAUGGAUCAACUCGAAGUCAAGGACCGCAUUUUGGAAAACAUCUCUUUAUCCGUCAAGAAGUUGCAGAGUUAUUUUGCAGCAUGUGAAGAUGAGACCCCAGCCAUCCGAAAUCAUGACCGUGUUCUACAGAGGCUCUGCGAACACCUUGACCAUGCGCUGUUGUAUGGGCUUCAGGAUAUUUCCUCAGGCUACUGGGUUCUAGUCCUUCACUUCACCAGGAGAGAAGCUGUGCGCCAGAUAGAUGAGCUUCAACACAUAGCAACAAACCUCGGACGAAGUCGGGCAUGGUUAUACCUGGCAUUGAGUGAGAGCUCUUUAGAGAGCUACCUGCGGCUUUUCCAAGAGAACCAGGGACUGCUGCAGAAGUAUUACUUCAAGAAUGCAUUGGUGUGCAGUCACGACCACCUCACACUCUUCCUCACACUUGUGGCAGGAUUGGAGUUCAUUCGAUUCGACCUGGAGCUGGAUGUGCCCUAUUUGGACGUGGCCCCUUACAUGCCAGACUACUAUAAACCACACAACCUGCUGGACUUUGAGGAAAGGCUGCCCAGUUCAGAUAGUUUAUCCCUGCAUUCCUUCACCUCCCUGACCUCCACCAACCUGGAGUGGGAUGACAGUGCAAUUGCCCCCUCAAGUGAAGAUUAUGAUUUUGGUGACAUCUUCCCCGUGUUGCAGGCAAUGCCAAGUGCAGACUGGGAAGAAGGAGACCUCACCGACCAGGCCAGCUGCCCAAGGUCCAGUGGCUCCGAUCCCUUAACUGUCAUCAGCGAAACAGUGGUCUUAACCGCCGGCAAUGUCAAGGUGAAGGUUGGCUCUCAUCUAUCUCCACACAGCCCCACGUCCAGACACAAUCCCUUCAAUGAGGACUCAGACGCCAACACCUCAGCUGAUGUGACACCAGUUCACAUCCCGAGCCGUUACAUCAACACUACAGGAGAUGAUACCGAGAGCACCAACAACGAGCUGGAAGUCAUUCGGAUGGCAAGAAGAAGGAAACCAGGCAAGAAACGACGUGGGAAGAGCUCCACAGAUUCCAUCAGCAGCAUCCACAACUCUUUAUCAUACGAGCACAUAGAAAUGGACAAUGCCUUCCAGAGCUCAGAGGAUGUAGAUGCUUUGAACGGCACUGUAAUCCACCUUGACUGUGAGACAGAAACAAGGAGGAGCAAGGCCGGAAAAGAGGUGGCGGGGGAGGAACUUGAUGAUGACGGGGUGGAGGCCCUGCUAAGGCUUCCUGAGAUGACAGACACCUCCAUGGAUUCUGUUGGCCAGCCCCUCCGGGAUGUCAUGGACAGGCUUAGUGGCGCUCUAGAUGGAGAGGAGGUCUGGGACCACCCGAAGUAUGAGGAGAAUCAAGGAGGUGACCGGGGACCAGAGCCUCCUGCACAGCAGCCCUUUCGAGAAGAUUCUGGGGGUGAGCCUCCUGACCCAGCAUCCGGAAAGCAGUUCCAUCUCACUGUGGCCACAAGCCCAAACCUGCAGUCCUCUUCAGCAACUCAAGAGUUAUUCUGCCUUACCCCCAACGGUACAGACUCUGCUCCCACAGGUGGUGGCUACCAUGAUGCUACAGAGCAAAGCCAGUCACAGACUCUAUCAGGUGGCCAUGAAGAUCAAAAAGAGGCAACAGUGCCAACAGGACAGGAAUCCAACAUGAAAAAGGGGGGUGAAAAGAGUACAGAAAAUUGUAAAAUAACUUCUGAUGAUGCCGAAGUCGAAGAGGAGAAGCUCAGUCCCUCAGAAAUUCCUCAUCCGGCUGAGUUUAAGGUGGACAAUAACCACUUACUACUACUCAUGAUCCAUGUAUUCAGAGAGAAUGAGGAGCAGCUCUUCAGGAUGGUGAGGAUGAGUACAGGCCAUAUGGAGGGAGACCUGCAGCCUCUUUACAUGCUGCUGACUGACUGUUACAUAUACCUCCUUAGGAAAGGUGCUGCAGAGAAGCCGUACACUGUGGAAGAUGCUGUUUCAUACAAUGAGCUUGACUACCUUUCAGUGGGACUUGAUCAACAGACAGUGACGAUAGUUUGCACUAAUCGAAGAAGGAAGUUCCUGUUGGACACAGCUGAUGCCUCUUUGACCUUAUGGCUCUUGUCAGUUCUCAAGUCAGCCAUGGUGAAAGGUUGUCGUGAGUCCCCAUACCCUUCCAUUCUGACUGAUGCCACCAUGGAAAAACUUGCUCUCACCAAGUUUGUCUCCCAAGAAUCUCAUUGUGAAGUUGCUGAAGUUUCCAUACAUUUAUAUUCACUGGUCCACUGGGAGGAUCCUAUGGAUGUGAUCUUGUCCCCCCAAGGGGACACACCAAAUUUUAAAUUACCGUCCAGCACAAAGGAAGGGGUGGUGCAGUACAGGGCAGGAUCCACAUACCUGGGCAAGGAGCUGUGGAAAAGCUGCUACCUCAUCCUCAGCAAUGGCAUACUGUAUCUCUAUUCAGAAAGAACUGAUGUGACGCCUCUGCUCUCUGUUACAAUGGGGGGAGAAUACUGUGGAGGCUGCCGUCGCUCACACAGCACAGAGCGUCGUCAUGCAUUUCAAGUCAUCCUGACAGAGCGCCCCCCUCUGGAACUCAGUGCCAACAAUGAACAGGACAUGGCUGACUGGAUGCAACUGCUCUGCCAGUCUGUCUCUAAAGGAGUCAUUCCUCAAGGUGUGGCUCCCACCCCAUGUAUACCAUGUUGCCUGGUUGUGACGGAUAACAAACUGCUGACUUGCCAUCAGGACUGCCAGACCAGCUUCUUCCGCUCGCUGGGCAGUGCCAAUAUCUGUGACAUCAUGUCCGUCAGUGUGGAGGCCGACAUGGAGUACUGUGUCAUUGAGUUUGCAAUAGAUCGUGAUCAUUUCCUCCCACCGUGGGUCUUGUACUUCAGUGGAUGUGAAGAGCGGGAUCGGCUGCUGCAGGUCUUGGACAGCACUUGGAGAAGCAUAUUCCAGGUGGCCCUCCCGCAAAGAGAGGUGUCCGAGCCAUCAGUACAGAAGCGCUGCAGUGAAGCCCUUGCUUUAAUGAAGAGUGCGUGGCAGCGGGCAGACAGUUUGGCUCGAGGCCGAGCGCAGCGUGAGCCUUGGUGCUGACAAACACACAUGCACACUAUUGUCAGUUAUAUCACCCUGAUGUGUGUUCAGGAUAUGUGAAUGAUAGUGUUAACACUGAGAGACUAAAGACGAACAGCAGAGAUGACACAGGGCUGUUCCACAGUUGCACUGCUGGAACGUUUGUUGUCUGUAGCAGCACAAAUGUCAUAUCAAGGAAGCUCUGCUGUUGUUUCCUAAUGAAUGGAGCGAACAGUUGCCUUUUGUGAGUAUCCCUCUACAAAAGUAACCUCCAGUCUUGGACAGUGACAUGCCACAUUAUUGUAAAUGACACCUUCAUAGUGAUCUGUUACUAGUGCUUGCUGCACAGAAAAGUGAUAUUCGAGCACUCAAGACAAUUCCAGUCUUCUUGGGCAUAUUACACUCUUGUUGACCAAUAUUACCCUUGUUUAGUCACUAAUUGCUGCAGACACCUCUGUAUGCUUCCCACUUGCACUGUUACAUGAUGUUUCCUCUCUUGUGCAUCUUGCUUUUUACCACGAUAGCAGCACGUUCUCCUUUAGCUGUCAC